AUUAUAUAAGUAUUGUGUAUGUAUACACACAGAACACACACACACAAGUAGGUCCACAGCUAUAUUAUCUUUUCUUGCAAUAGGCCUGAUAAAAAAGCUGUAACUCCUCUGCCAAAGAUAAAGACCACCCCAUUUCUCUUCAUUCUGUCCCCCCCUUCUUGUUUUCUUUAAUCCCUUCUUUUCUCCCUUUGUCUCUCUGCAUAUAUACUCCAACCCACGUCAACUAAAGCUUGUCACUCUUCAUUUUCAGCUAGUAGUGAGUGUGUGUGUGUGUGUGUGUGUGUGUGUGUGGUGAGUGAGAGAGAGAGAGAGAGAGAGAGAGAGAGAGAGAGAGAUAUGUCAAGCUCUAGAGAUGAUGGGUUAGGUUUGAGCUUGAGCCUGAGAUGCCCGGAGAAUCACAGUCAUGAUUCUCCUCCUCCUCCGCCGCCUCCCGCCGCCGCCCCUUUUCCGUUGAAUCUGUUUAGGUCUCCUCUGCCCUUUAUGCAGCAGCAUAAACCCUCACCACCUGAAGCUUUUUACCAUUCUACUGAUGGGAAUAUGGAGGCGAGGUCAAUAUUCCGAGGAAUCGAUGUGAACAGGGCGAUAACAGUGAUCGACUGCGACGAGGAGGUGAUGGUUUCUUCCCCCAACAGCACGGUGUCGAGCCUCAGCGGGAAGAGGAGCGAGAGGGAGGAAAACGACGGAGAGAGGGCAACCAGCUCCCUCGAGAUCGACGACGACGGAGGCGACGCCGCCGGCAGAAAGAAGCUCCGCCUCUCCAAGGAGCAGGCCGCCGUCCUUGAAGAGACCUUCAUGGAACACAACACUCUCAAUCCGAAGCAGAAAACGGCUUUGGCGAAGCAGCUGAAUCUGAGGCCGAGGCAGGUGGAGGUGUGGUUCCAGAACAGAAGGGCGAGGACAAAGCUCAAACAAACGGAGGUGGACUGUGAGUAUCUGCGGCGGUGCUGUGAGAAUCUGACGGAGGAGAACAGGCGGCUGCAGAAGGAGGUGAGUGAGCUGAGGGCGUUGAAGCUUUCCCCUCAAUUCUACAUGAACAUGAGCCCUCCCACCACCCUCACCAUGUGCCCCCAGUGCGAGCGCGUCGCCGUCUCCUCCUCCUCCUCCGCCGCCCACCACCACCACCAGAAACCGCCGCCGCCGAGAUAAAUAGGAUUCUGAUGUUAGAGAUUUGACAUAUAACCUUUGGUGGAGUGGAGUGGAGUGGUGUUAGAAAAAGUUGACUAGUUUACCAACUCAACAUGAAUCAUUGGCUCAAUUUUUGUCUAAUGAUGAAUGUGCUUUUGGGAUAUAACCAAUUUUUAGUUUUGAAGAGAACACAACUAUAUCCAUGAAUGAAUAAACCAAACCAAAGUGUUCUUCAAUGUUGUUUCUCUCUUUGAGUAGGGUAAAUUAUUAUAGGGACUGUAAUAGUAAUAUGACAGAUUUUGGUAGCUUUCUUACUGCAUUUAUUAUGUGCUUUCAUUCUCA